UGUGAACUUCCAAUCCUGAUUACAUAGAACCAAUUACUGGGCACAUGUCCCACAUGAGGAUACAGCCAUAAGGAAAGGGAGAAAGGAAGGCGCGUAUUUACAGUCAGUUACAUGUUACUUUAAUACAGUGAAAUAAACAUUUUUAUUACUGUUAAACGAAGCAAAUAUACAAAAAUGACAACUUCUGCUGAUGUCGUGACGAUGCGAAUGCAGUCGUACCUGUGUCUACCUUUGGUACAACGUUGCAGAGAAAUUGCUAUUUUAAUUGACGAAUCGAGUACUACAGAACUUCAACAUGUUUUUCCAAUACUCAUUGAUUCACUUUUUGGAAUUACCGAUAAUGUUGGAUGGGGACUACAUACUAUUAGUAUGAAAAGCAAUCUCCAGGAAUAUGAAAUAUUAUGCAAUUUUCUUAGUCCUCUAGGACCUAUUUUUUCACUAUGCUAUAAGCUACUACCGGAUUGUUACUUAAAAUAUAAUUUUCCAGUAACGUAUCUACCGUCAAAGAUACGUCUCAUGCUGGACGAUGGAAUUAUACCACCAUUCUAUUCCGAUAAAAUCAGAGAUGAUCACAGCACACGUGCACCAUUGGCUCUAUCUAUGAAUCCUUUCGAGUAUUAUAUAUUCCACUUUGCUUAUCAUCUUACAAAUCCCUGGCUGCAACUUCAACACCAAGAAAAUGUUUGGAUGAACUGGGAAACAGUAUAUGUUCAAUUAGCACACUGCUAUUUGUAUCAUUUUCUACCAAGAGACAAUUCUCCAGUGUUACCUAUCAUUGGACCAUAUGUAAAGAAAACACCACCAAGGAAAUUAAUGCAGUCACCUGAAUCAAAAAGGGAUUUUAAUAGGUUACAAACACCACGUCUUCUAAGAACAUCAAUAUUGUCUCCAGAAUCCACAAGUCCUACCAAUCGGGUACCUCAACAGCAAUGUUUACCACAAGUGUGGCGCAGUGAAACCAUUGUCCAAGUAUUUCUUGAUUUCUGGUUGGAAUAUACAGAGGUGGAUCAACUGACCCCUCAUAGUGGUAGGCCUUUAGCUUCCUCGUUACCUCCUAGAAACAGUAUUCAUUCAGGAGAACACAUUCGUCUUGUAAGAGCAUUUAUUAAAACCUUACACGAAUUUGCUAAUAGCGCAGUUGGUGAUAAAAGCGCGAUGGAUGAAUUAAAAAGGGUAAUUCUUCCAUCAGUCCAGGGUAAAAUUUAUACAUUUUUGCGAAAAGCUAUUCAUCAUUGGCCACUCGAUAGCUCUUUUAGACUAAUACUAGAAGCUUGGCUAAGUUUCAUUCAGCCAUGGAGGUACAUUCCAGGUGUAGCAUACACAAAAGAAGGGAAAGCUGACGAAGAAGAAAGGGGUAAAAUUCAUGACGAGUCCAGAUGGAUCUCAUUUGUUGCAAACAAUUUAUUAGCCUACACAGCAAUCUUCCGACAAUUAUUACCUCGGUUUAUGAGAAUUGAUCUCAUAGCUCCGAAGAAUGCUCUAAUGUUGUUUCGAGUUACUAAGGUAUUUUCUCAACCGCACUUGGCAAAAAUGUUAUCUGAAAUUGAAAGCUGUAUGGACGAUUCUAAUUUAAGCAGAAGUAAAAUGUCGACUAAUCAAUGGACAGCUAUUGUACGCCAACAGAUUUUUGAUCUGGAAGGCCCAACAUAUCAAUAUGUUCCAAUGUUCUCACAAACUACUGUAUCUCAAGUUAUGUGGUUCUUAAGAAUAAUAAAACAGGCGCAUUUAACGGCUACAAGUUUAGUCGAGGCUUUAGAAAAGCGACGAACGGCACGAAGAUUUUUAAUGUCUUUGUGGGAAUUCAUUAAUGGCGAGGAUUAUUCUGGAGAUGAAAUAAGCCUCGAGGAAAGACGUCGUGUACCCGUAUAUCUUGCCAACGCACAGCAACAACUUAUAGAUAUAUUCCAGAUCAGACUCGAAGAUAUUCCUCAAGUUGCCAUAGUAGCUGAUCAGGAAUAUCAUGACAGUAUACUAUCCACAUCGUUUCAUCAUCAGUCUCAGAUGGACAUGAGCCUAGAUUCAAGUAGACCUGGUGUCUAUGUUCCUGUACAGGAAGGCAGACAGAAUUGUAGAUACGUUGAAUACAUGGGUGAUCCUGAACUACAACCAGUGCGUACAACAGAAAUAGCAUUUUUGGUCAGAGCACUGUUCAAAUUGUGUAAUUAUAUCAAUACAAAGUAUCGUUAUGAAUUCACUGCAGUAUACAACAGAAACGAUUUUGUUGGAAGACUUGUACGACAAAUCCUACAACCUCCUACAGUGGUAAAAAAACUUCCAAAGCGAACAACUCACGGAUUUUCAUCGAGUUACGAGGAACGAAUUCCACCAAGAAUCAGUCUACGGCGCUUUGCCAGUCACAGUUUUGUGACUGUCAUGUUCCUUGGAAUGUUUUCCUUCUGGCUGAUUGGUUACGGCAUCACAACAUUCUUCGGACUCGUUCUCUGCAUCUGGAUACUAUACGUAAUUGCACGAGCAACGUGCGAACCCUGGAUACGAUCAGAUAUGCACAAUCUGAGACCAAACGCAUCAGCAUUUUUAAAUUAGAUAAUGAAAUACAUUACAUAACGACUGACACUCCGAUGAAUCAAGAAAUAAAGAAUACAGACAUUAUAUAUA